ACAAAAUAUUGUAGGCUUAUGGUCGGCUGAUGAGAAGAAUGUGCACAAGCAGCGCAUCAACGGCCGUUGCGCUUCUUGUGCGUGGAAUCGUGACGGAACUCUGUUUGCUAUCGGCACGUAUGACGGUUUCGUGUACAUAAAGAAUAUUGGCAGUUUUCAAAAGGACGAAUACGUGGCAAAAAUCGAACGGCCUGGCGGCGAGCCGGUGCUGGUAGUGGCUGAUUGGAACCGUCGGGUUGGAUUCUACGAUCCCGAAGGGAACACAGUUAAACGCGAUGACAUGUUGCUCAACUAUGACCCGACUUGCGUCGAAUUUAUCCCUAGUGGACGAUUCCUUCUCCUUGGUGGAUCUGGACGGCAGGUCACUCUACAUACUGGACUCGGCACCGAGAUUGGUGUCGUGGCGCAGAUGGAUACGUGGGUGUGGUGUGUACGGGUGCGUCCCGUUUCGAAUCCCAGUACGGUAGUGGUCGGUUGUGUGGACGGUACUAUAGCUUGCUACAAUCUGAUGUUUAGUACAAUACAUGGCUUAUAUAAGGACAGAUACGCUUUCAGAGACAACAUGACCGACGUGGUCGUGCAGGAUCUCGUCCACCACACGAUGACUCGCAUUCGAUGUCACGAUCUCGUCAGAAAGGUCGCCAUCUACGGUCAUAAACUUGCAGUGCAACUCUCAGAUCGGCUUCAUAUCUAUCGACAAAUCAAAGGCGAUGGCGAAAACAAACAACUUGAGUACACUCUCAGUGAACGAAUCAAUAAGGCAUUUGACUGCUCGUUACUGUGCUACGACCACAAGGGCCUCAAGCAGCGAGAAUGGCAAUUGGACUCCGCCAUACGAUACAUCAAAGUGAUCGGCGGUCCGGCAGGCCGAGAGACGAUCCUCUUAGGAUUACGCGAGGGCCAGGAAUCCAGUUGCAAUAGUGUUGCGUUCAACAGCGAUAAUGAGGAAAUCAUUUGCUAUUCGGGUAGUUCCAAGUUGACCAUCCGAGCACGAGGAUAUCCCGGACACCAGCAGAGAAUGUUUGGGUUCGUCGUAGGAUUCUCAGGAAACAAAGUGUACUGUUUGCAUAUCUAUGCAAUGCAGGCUCUAGAAGUUCCGUUUUCCAAUCAACUCUAUCAAUACAUCGAAAACAAGGAGUAUCAAAAAGCAUACGAUUUGGCUUGUCUGGGAGUGACAACGGAAGACUGGCAGAUUCUGGGUAUGGCAGCUAUCUCCGAUUUCAAUUGUGAAAUCGCUCUCAAGGCUUUCGCCCGAUACAAAGACCAUCGCAGCAUACAACUCGUCCAUGAAAUCAAGGCAAUGAUGGCGGCUAACGAGCCGGAAUAUAUUCUGCGAGCCCAUGUGCUCUGCUACGAGGGCAAGUUCCACGAGGCGGCCGCGCUCUACCGGGCCAAUGACGAUGAGAAUCGCGCCAUGCAGUUGUUCACCGACCUACGAAUGUUCGACGAUGCACAGGAAGUGAUGGCGGCCGCCUCUGGUGAGACCCAGCGAAUGCUCAUGCGGAAACGUGCUGACUGGGCAAAGAACUCAAACCAGCCGAAAGUCGCCGCCGAAAUGCUCAUUUCCAGCGGAGAUCUCGAUAAAGCUGUACAGUUGAUUGCUGAAAACGAUUGGAUGGAUUUGGCGAUAAACGUGAUAGGAAAGCUGGAUCACAGCGAUGUGAGCAGUCAGCGACGAUUGGCCGCGUACUUUGUUCGGAAGUUCGAAUUCAGCCUGGCGGCUAGGAUCUACGGCAAAAUCAACGACAUCAGGGCCCUAAUCGAGAUGUACGUCGCGGCCGGGCACUGGACUGACGCUUUUGCAAUUGCCGAUCGGUACCCGAAUUUUGUCGAAGACGUCUAUCUUCCAUAUGCCAGAUAUCUUGCCGAGCGCGACCAAUUUGAGGAAGCUCAGAAAGCAUUCCAUAAAGCUGGGCAUGAUCAGGAAGCUUUAUGGGUUCUCGAGCAGCUUACUAGUAACGCCGUCAAUGAGAAUCGUUUCGCGGAUGCUGGGUGA